AUGGCGAAAGAUGAGCAGAUUGCCAAGGCCGUAAACAGCCUGACGUCCGAUGCCGCAGAUGAUGCAAAGGCAGAUGCGGCAACUGCUUUGGGAGACUUAGCAUGCAACAACCCCCCCAACCAAGAUGCCAUUGCACAGGCGGGGGCCAUCCCUCCCUUGAUAGCACUGGUCAUGGACGGGCCGGAAAAGUCGAAGUUUCAGGCGGCUUGGGCUUUGCAUCUCUUGGCCCUCGACAACGCUGCGAAUGCCCAGCGCAUCGUCGCAGCCGGCGCUGUGGAGCCCUUGGAGGCCAUGGCCGCCAGCGGGUCGUUGAUUGCAGCAGACUUCGCUCGGGCGGCUCUGCGCGUUCUACAAGCUGCAGAGCCACUUGGAAGCUGA